AUGGUAGCAUUUAAAAUAUUUGUAUUAACCUUGGCCCUGUACUUGCUUCAGGGGGCAAGCACAUCCCUCAUUAAGCUGAAUGACAAUGGCUAUGAAGAUGUGGUCAUUGCAAUUGACCCAGAGGUGGAAGAGGAUGAAAAUCUUAUUCAGCAAAUAAAGAACAUGGUAUCAGAAGCUUCAAUUUACCUGUAUGAGGCCACAGAAAAAAGAUUUUACUUCAAAACAGUCUCCAUCUUGAUUCCUACAACAUGGCAAGCAAACACAGACUAUGAGACACCAAAACUUGAGACCUACAAAAACGCAGAUAUCAUCAUUGAAGUCCCAAAUCCCGAAGGGAAUGAUGUUCCACGAACUGACCAGUAUGGACAGUGUGGAGACAUGGGAGAGAGAAUUCAUUUAACUCCUGACAUCAUAUUGGGGAAAAAGUUGGAUGAGUAUGGACCACAAGGUAAAAUUUUAGUUCAUGAAUGGGCCCAUUUACGGUGGGGAGUGUUUGAGGAGUACAAUGAAGAGGAACGUUUCUACCAGUCUGAAGGAAAAAAUCUACCAGUAAAAUGUUCCGAAGCUAUCACUGGUAUAAAUAGGGUAUAUGCAUGUUCCGGAGGCAGCUGUUCACUCAGAACAUGCAGAAUAGAUUCAAAAACGGGAAAGCUUAACGAAGAUUGUUUGUUUAUACCUGAUAAAGUUCAGACUGAGAAAGCCUCCAUCAUGUUCAUGCAAAGUAUCGAUUCUGUAGUUGAAUUUUGUACAGCAGAGAACCAUAACAGAGAUGCACCAAAUGCUCAAAACCAGAAGUGCAAUCUCAGGAGCACAUGGGAAGUGAUCCAAGACUCAGAAGACUAUAACACAUCCACUCCUAUGACAGCAGCCAAGCCACCUGAGACCAGCUUCUCACUGAAGCAGAUCAGAGAAAGGGUCCUGUGCUUAGUUCUGGAUAAGUCUGGAAGCAUGUCGAGUGGGGACCGGCUGAAUCGACUGAAUCAAGCGGCCAAACUCUUCCUGCUUCAGAUCGUUGAAACGGGAUCCUAUGUUGGGGUGAUCACAUUUGACAGUACAGCCACUGUUCAAAGUGAACUGGUACAAAUAGAGACCGAUGCUGAGAGGAAUACCCUCAUUACCAAGUUACCUACUGUUGCUUUAGGAGGAACGUCCAUCUGCUCUGGACUCAAAUCAGCAUUUACGGUAAUAGGAAACAAAUUCUCCACAAAUGGUUCAGAAAUCGUCCUUCUGACUGAUGGGGAAGACAGUACAAUCAGCACAUGUUUCGAUCAAGUAAGAGAGAGUGGGGCCAUUAUCCACACAGUUGCUCUGGGACCUGAUGCAGAUGAAGACCUGGAGGAACUGUCAAAGAUGACAGGAGGUGUGCAAACAACUUCUACAGACAAUGCCGAGAACAAUGGGCUCAUUGAUGCAUUCAGUGCCCUCUCAUCAGGAAAUGGAAAGAUCACUCAACGGUCCAUCCAGCUCGUGAGUGAGGGGGCCACUCUGGAGGAUGAGGAGUGGAUGAAUGGCACAGUUAUCAUUGACAGCACAGUAGGCAAUGACACUCUAUUUCUUGUCACAUGGACAUCACAACAACCCCAAAUGUUUGUCUCAGAUCCCAGUGGGACAACAUAUGAUACUUUUUCAGUGGAUACAAAUUCCAAAAUGGCAUACCUCCAGAUACCAAACACUGCCAAGGAUGGAAUUUGGACUUAUAACCUUAUGUCAAGUGCACAAACCCUGACUAUGACAGUAACCUCUCGUGCUGCAAAUGCUAAUGUACCUCCCAUUACAGUGGAUUCUAAAAUGAAUAAAGAUAGCAACACCUAUCCCAAUCCAAUGAUUGCUUAUGCAGAAGUUCGCCAAGGAUCCCUGCCUAUUAUAGGAGCUGAGGUAACAGCCCUCAUUGAAUCAGCUGAAGGAACAACAGUGACUCUGCAACUUCUGGAUAAUGGUGCAGGUGCUGAUGCUUACAAGAAUGAUGGUGUCUACUCAAGGUAUUUCACAGCCUACAAAACAAAUGGUAGAUAUAGCUUAAAAGUGAAAGCCCUGGGAGGAGCAAACACCCAAAGGUCAAGAUCCCAAGUGAAUGGAGCCUUAUACAUACCAGGCUGGGUAGAGAAUGGGGAAAUCAAAAUGAAUCCACUAAAACCUGAUUUUAGUGAAGAUGAAAUUCAAGCAAGUAUGCAAAGUUUCAGCAGAACAGCCUCAGGAGGUUCAUUUACAUUAUCAAAUAUUCCAACUACCUCUAUACCUGAUGCAUUCCCCCCAAGUCAAAUUACUGACCUGGAGGCUAAUUUUGAAGAUGAUCAUGUUAAUCUGACCUGGACAGCCCCUGGGGAUGACUAUGAUGAGGGACAAGCUCAAGAGUAUAUUAUAAGAAUGAGUAAAGAGAUCCUCCAACUAAGAGAAGAUUUCGACACUGCUGUUCAAGUGAACACUACUGACCUCGUUCCAAAUGAAGCCAACUCCAAGGAAGUCUUCGUGUUCAAACCAGAAAAUUUUACAAUAGAAAACGGCACCACCAUUUUUUUUGCUAUUAAGGCACUUGAUAAAGUCAACUUGACAUCACCUCUAUCGAACAUAGCUCAAGCAUCUCGGUUCAUUCCUUCUCCAGUACUUGAUAUAGAAGUUGAUCCAGAAAAUCCUUCCAGUUCUGUUGGAGUUAGCAUUUCAACGAUAGUGCUUUCGGUUGUUGGUACAGUUGCAGCUGUUUGUAUCAUUGCAAGUGUCACACUAUGUGUUCUGAACAACAAAAAAAAGUAACAAGACUGAAUAUGGAAUGAUAACAAAAUCAACACAAAAUUGAAAAAUUCUCUGAAUUUUGUGGACUGAUUGUACAUUUGGACACAAACAUUCUUAAAGCAAAUUAUACAUUUAAUAUUAA